AAUAACAUUGUCGGAGUUUAAUCACAGUCAAAGUUUGACAAAUGGAACAAAUGUCUAAUGAGUUUUUCAAAUUUCAAGAUGUUGAAUAACAGCAGAAGAAACAUCAAUGGAGAUGUCAUGGCAAAUAUGGCUGCUUCACGAGCAGCAGCAACUUAUUUCGACAAGAUUGAGAGAUACGAACUGCAAGAAACACUCGCCACUUCUUCAUAUGAUUACCUCCUGUCUAUCGAGGAGACGAAAAUACCCGUUGAUCUGCCGAAAGGCUUGAUAACAAACAUGAACCUUCCUUCUGACUGUGAUAAGUGCUUGAUUUUGCUGCCUGUGGACGAAGAGGGUAUUGACAGUUUAGAACUUAGAGAAAUUCAUCAAAUAGUUCGAGAACUUGUGACUGGCAUAUAUGUCCUUAAUCAGACACCUUCAAUUCGUCUGGACGUUAACUAUGACGAGAGUACAUCGAUAACUCUACCACCUGCCUACUAUGACACAAGGGUUGGUCAAAUACUUAUUGAAGUUGAUUACUUGAUAAAAAGCCUUUGGCAUGGCGCAUACUUUCCAAAAGAUAAGCGUACAAAGUUUGCCGAACGCUGGCGACAUUUAGUGAAUUUCAAUACGCACACUGGUUUGCCUGAAACGAAGAGAAAUAUUGAACUGAUUUGGACGGAGGCAGGACUUCUGGAUAUUUCCAAAGAUCCAUGCUACUCUGAGCAUUUCGAACAGAUGCAUGGAAAAAGUAAGGAUGAUUCACAAGAUGAACUGCAAGUGUUUAACAAGCACAUUGAUGAGCUCUCGAUGACUCUGACAUUCUAUCAAAACAGUGUUCAACAUUAUAAUAGUAUGUUUCUUAUUGAUGCGAAGUAUCAUGUUAGCAGUGGUGUAAAAUCUGAUCAUGUUGAAUUGAAAUAUGCAGAGAAGUUACAGAAGGUAAUUACAAAACAUGAGAAGUUCAUUGAAAAAACUUUACCACUCAAAGCAGAUGUAUGUAGGCAACUUCUUCUGCUAAAAUUUGUCAGUUUCUUGGUGCCAUUCUUGAUUAGUUUGCGUAAAAGAUGUAAAAUUAUCAAUGCAAAUAAACUGCUACCGGGGUUUACAUUUGAAGAGUGCAAAACAGAACGUGUCUUGCCACCUUUGGCUAUUUCAAAAACCAAUAAAUGUAAGCAUUUUUUCACUCUUGAUGAUUCAUACACUCACUUGCAUGGAGCUAUAUACAUUGACAGGGAAACUGCAUCUGUUUCAGAGCUGCCGUUGAAUAUUGCUGAAUUGUAUGAUGAACUUUGUGCUGAGGCAUUGUCAAAAUUUGACAAAAUUGUUGAUGCUAAAUCACCCAUGUUAGAAAGAUACCCAUUGUCUACCAUUACCAUUGAUGGUAAAAACUAUUAUGCAGUUGCACUUUAUUUGGAAACAUUUUACCCAGUUUCGCCAAAGCAACCAAUUUGGGUUCAUGCCCAUUAUGAGGAGAUCAACAAGCUCAAGUACAAGAAACUACCAAUUCAAGAUUAUCUCAUUUAUGAAUUGUUCAAGAAGAGAUUUGGCACUCAGCAAACAAUGAAUCUCAAGCAGCAUUUUGCUGGUCUUCAAGCGGCCAGUCAAAGAGGUAUGGUUGCAGUGGUAUACAGUCUUGCCAGGCGACUACCAGCAUCCAGGCUAGCAAUGCAAAACAAUCUUGGUCUGUCUUUGAUUCAUUAUGCAGCAAUGUGCAAUCAGCCACAAGUCAUCACGUUAUUGGUGGUAAAUGGUUGUGACGUAAAUGUAAGGAGGUUCGACAGCAUCCAAUCACAACAAGGUAUAACACCUCUUCAUCUUGCAGCAAAAUGUGGCUCUCUUGAUAGCUUAUCCUGCCUUCUUGCUUACAAAGCGGAUGCUCUUUUAUUUGAUAACCAAGGCUGGUGUCCUGUCCAUUAUGCCAGUUAUUUCAAUCACCAAAGCUGUCUCAAAUAUUUAAUUAAAAGAAAUCGGGAUAUGCUGCAGUUACGUGCGAGAAACGGGAAUAAUGAAACACCAAUUUUGCUUGCUGCAUCAAGUGGAGCUCUGGAUGCUGUGAAAUGCUUGAUCGAACUUGGUGCAUCUGUAACAGAUGUGGACUCAGAGUGCAAUAAUUUGGUGCACAUUGCGACGCUUCAUCUGCAUACCAAUAUCCUGGAGUUUUUCAUCAUCGAAGGAGAUAAAGAGAUGUCAGUUUGGAUGAUAAUGGUUGAAAUGUUGAAAUCGGGUUUUACGCUACGUCAGAGAAAUGCAACCAAAGCUCUUGAAAUCUUGUCAGCGAGUAAUAAAGAUUACUGGAAAAAUAUAUUAUUUGCAAAUGGCGUACCGGCGUUGGUAUCGUUGCUUGUCGUUGAACAAGAAGUGAUCCAGGCCACAGCAGCGUCGGUGCUGUGCAACAUUGGCGAAAUCAAAGAAGUUCGUCGAGCAAUGUGUGAGGCGAAUGCAAUACCUGUAUUGGUUUCACUUCUUCAGUCUUCUACCCCUAUAAUCCAUUCUAGAGCUGCUGUACUACUUGCAGAUGUAUCGUGUGUUGGUGAAGCUGAUACAAUCGUUGAUCAAACCGGUCUACGAUGUUUGAUGGAAUUGCUUAAGUCUGACGUGGAGCAUGUGCUGGUCAAUGGUGUUAAUUGCAUUCGUAUAUUGUGUGAAAGUUAUUCAGUCAUUCAAGAAAACUUUGCUCGCAUGGAGGACGCCUUGGUAACUCUUGUUGAACUCUUGGGUACGAGCUCGAAACGCCUCCAAGCAAAUACUGCUUCGGCGUUGAGUGCUAUUGCUAAAGGGAGUCAUGAAAAUCAAGAUCGUAUCGCAUCAAUCCCUGGGGCUUUGAAAGGCCUUGUCAAUUUGAUGAACUCGAAGAAUGCGUUGUGUCAAGUGAAAGCUGCAAAUGCCAUUGAGUCUCUGGCGCAAGACAAUACUGAAAUUCAGAGGUUGUUGGAAGACAGAGGGGCUGUGCGACCUUUGAUAAAGUUACUCAAAGUAUGGUCUAUACCAGUUAAAGAACAGGGUGCAAGUGCAUUGUGGGCGCUAUCUGGUGACACGUUGCUGCAGCAACAGCAUAUUGCUGAUAUGAUUGGAAUAACUAUUCUUGUCGAUAUGCUCAUGUUGAGAUCAGAGAAACUUCAAUACAUAUCAGGAAUGGCUAUUAUUGCGCUGUCGAAAGAAAACUUUGCAAACCAAAGUCUCUUUGUUAAAGCCGGUGGUAUUCCACCGUUGGUUCGUUUAUUGAGGGCAUCGUCGACAUCACAUAAGAUUCUGCUAAUGGUGGUCAAAGUUCUUGGAACAUUAUGUGUUGGCGUUGCUCACCAAUCUCAUCAAACUAUUCAGUUGGAGAUAGCAAAUGCUGACGCUUUAUCGACUUUGGUACAUCUGUUGAGAGAAUGCAAGGAUCAAUUACUGCAGGUUGAGGUGGCUAACACACUUAGUAAGAUAGCAUUGCAUAAUCCCAAGAGUCAUGUCAUUCUUGUGAAAAAGACUCGAUUCCAUAUCUCAGAAAUACUUCAUCUACUGAGUUCAAAUGACGCAGAAGUCCGUUUAAAAGCUGUAACUGCGCUAGGAACGUUUGGUUUCAACAACACAGCGACGCAAUUCGCCAUUCGUAACGCCGGAGGAAUACCAAUGAGUUUUUUUGAGGAGUUUCUCGACUCGAAUGAUGAGAUAAGAAAAGGCCAUAUUGCUUUUCAGACUGUCGUUCUUGCUCGAGUAAUCAAAGAGAGUGACCCAGUUGAAUUGUCUGCUCGAGGAAUUGAAUGUCUUGUACAGUUGCUGAAAUCCGAAGACGAAGCAGUAAGAAUAUUGUCAGCUAGUCUUAUCGCAAGUUUAGCUCAUACUCGAGCUGGAAUACCAAAUGGUCUUGUGAUUGCAGGCGCUAUAAAGUUUUUGUUCAAUAAUUUGAUGUCAAGAAAUGAGCAAGUAUGCCGUAGUGCUGCGGUUGCCUUGGGUUACCUAUCUUUCAACGCUUCAGGAGCACGUGAAAUGCUCGUGAUCUGUCGCAACAUGCCCGGACUAUACAAUGUCUUGGAGGAAAAUAUGGGAAGCGGAAGGAUGUCGAUGGAAUUUGUCGAUAGCUGGCGGAGAGCUUUACAUGUUGGUUUACCCAGUAAAAGUCUUGAAAUUAAUGGAGGCCCUCCUGUUCCACGACGUUUAGCCUCUGAAGAAAGUUUACGGCGACCAAUGACGACCCAAAGCUUGUCGAUGUUUCGACAUGAAGCGAUCCGUCCUGUAAAGAAAGUUACGUUCUUAAGGUCGUGCGCUUCUGCACCUGCGAUGACAAGAAAAAACAAUUCGAGGCCGUUAUCACAAUAUGUCAGGAAUGUUCAUGUGGAAAAGACAACAAUAUUACAACUGCGGCCGCCCCUUGAAAACAAGGUGAAAUCCGGCGUAUCGGGUGCCCAUUGAAGCUCCUAAAGAGCAGUAGCAUACCUUAAACUAGGCGAAAUAAACUAUGGAGGCUUAUGUUGAAUUCAAAAUACCUUUAUAAUAUGGUAAAAUGUUAUGAAUUUCUUAAGCAAAAAAUUUUACCAGUCGA